AUGGAGAAAGAACUUUCAGCAUCUACUGAAAAUUCACCUUGGAUAUCAACUUCGACGGAUUUCAAAUGGGCCAUAUGGGAGAUUGCCAGAAGGUUGUCAAAGUUGAAUAGACUUGAAGUUAAAUUGACGUUGAUAAGGAGGAAUAAAAAGUAUUCUGGUUUGUAUAAAGGUACGAAAUCUAUACAGAUUGAUCCGGUGGAUUAUUUGGUCAAGUAUACAGGAGAACAAGUGAAGACUGCUAUGGAUUUUGCCAAAUCCGCUUCGGAGGUCUUGUACUAUGGGAGAAUAUUCGAUAAGGAUGUACUGGAAAGUACUAUAUGGACAAGAUAUUCGACUCCAUUCAACUUGCCUGAGUAUUGUUACAUACCCAAAAAAUACUGGACGAGCGGUGAAUCAUGGUUGGAUCGUUUGGUCUGGAAUCCUAGAAUGGAUUCGUUCUACGAUGCGGAUGAGAUGAUGUCGGAUAGGGAUGGGCAGAUCGCAAGUUCUAGACAGCCUAGUAGGAGAUGA